CAUCUUUCACCUCCCACUGUCUCCUUCCCGGCCCAUUCACCAGCCACCCCUCCUUCCUUCUCUUCAAGAGCUGGCUAGGUAGCCAGCCACCAUUAAUACUCACCCCCAAGCUUCGCUUUCUCAGCCCUCCCAUUCCCCCCUUUCAUCGGCGUCGCAGGAUCCCAGCAUGUAGCUGCAGCUCCCGGCCAUAUCCCACACCGGUUACUUAGUUGUGGUUUCGGAUAGUGAUAUCUCGAUCGAUCUUGGGGGUGAGAUUCGUUCUCCGCUACAGUCCUACCUAGCUGCGUAUCUCCUGUUCUUCACAAGCUGCAGAGACAGAAGCAGCUAGCAAAGUGAGGUGAGGUGAGCUGAACGCGAGCUGCUCUUGCACUCUCGUCUCGGAUAGAGUAGAGCACUAUUUAUAGUGGAGAUACCACCACUCUCUCUCAACUUGUUCCAUAGGACCACCGUGCCACGGCUCCCCAAGAAGCGUAUCAAUGGACCUGGUACCGCAGCCCGACAGCCCGCACUCGGACGGCAGCGGCGGCGCGACGUCGGGGGCUUCGUCGGCGGUGUCCUCGCUGUCGCCAGGGGGCGCGGUCUCGCCGUCGCCAAGCAGGUACGAGUCGCAGAAGCGGCGGGACUGGAACACGUUCGGGCAGUACCUCCGGAACCACCGCCCCCCGCUGUCGCUGGCGCGGUGCAGCGGCGCGCACGUGCUGGAGUUCCUGCGCUACCUCGACCAGUUCGGCAAGACCAAGGUGCACGCCGCCGGGUGCCCAUUCUUCGGCCACCCCGUUCCGCCGGCGCCAUGCCCGUGUCCGCUCCGGCAGGCGUGGGGCAGCCUCGACGCACUCGUCGGCCGCCUCCGUGCUGCCUAUGAGGAGAACGGCGGACGACCGGAGAACAACCCCUUCGGCGCCAGGGCCGUGCGGCUCUACCUCCGCGAGGUCCGCGAGCACCAGUCACGCGCACGCGGAGUUAGCUACGACAAGAAGAAGCGCAGGAAGCCGCCCCACCCCCCCGGCUCCGCCGACAUCCCCUCCCACGAAGGCAACAGCAACGGCCACCACCAGUACCACCAGAUGCCCCCGCCGCCUCCCGGCGCCGCGGCGUGAGCCGGUGACCGCCGUCCGCCGGAGCUAGCUAGCUGCAACGACUUUCCCUACGUAUCCUAUUCCUAUGUAUUCCCACCAUCUCUCCAGCUAGCCACCGAGCUCUUGCUUACUAUAAGUCCCUAGCUAGCUAGUCUCCUCCUACUAGUGCAAGCGCGGAUUAAAUUCAUCCAUGAAUCCAUGCUCGCUACCCCUACUAGUCUAGUACUACUCUUGUCCGGAUCAUUUCCAAACUUUGAUCAUAUGAUAUGAUCCCUACUAUUCGUUCGCUGGUAUUUUCCCCACCCUCUACUACUGUACGUGCGUUGUUUGUGAUGAACUGAUGUUAUGUUUAGCUAACUAGCUAGCUCCAUGGCUCGAUUUAAUCCUCUAUGUAAUUGAUUUGGUGCAAUUAAUUAGUUUAGUCCUCUUGUAACCUCUGGCAUCUUGCUUGAUCUAUCUCUUGGUAUUGCAAUUGAUGAGCAAAGUGAUGUCCUGUUGCAUCU